AUGCGGUCGGGCGGCCGAAGAUCAAGAGGACGACGGCGAAACGAAAUUCAACGAAUUCUACAAGUUCCACGAAGAUGCCAACUUUUCACGAUUCUCACUUUCCUUUUUGUAAUGAUUCAACCAACUUCAAGUCUAACAUGUCUCACAUGUAUGUAUACUUCAUCCACAACACAAUUAGACAAUUUCCGAGUAUCAACUCGUCUUUCACGUCCACAAUGCUCGAUGGAACCAAUAAAAUGCGAUCGAGAUCAAGAUGUCUGCGUAACUAUCACAAUGCACGUUGGCGGCGGAGACUACUGGAUGGGAGCCGGAUGCGAUCGUCGUGUCAAUUUUCAGCACAUGAGCUGUCAAAAUGUGCGAACAAUGUCAAGAAAUGUACAACUAGGAUAUGUGCAAGAACGUCGAGCAAUGCAACGAGUGUGCGUAUGUGCACGUGAUCUAUGCAAUCAUCAAUCGAAACCGUUUCACUUCUCCGUGAUCCUCAUCUUCAUAUUGCUUUUUUCUCUCCUCUUUCAGUCAUAG